AUGCAGCAGCCAUACAACUCGGAAAAUGAGGCGGGGGACCAGAUGUUGCGUUGGAAUGGCAUGGGCGAUGCUUCGGGCUUCGUGAACAGGUUAGAUGGACUCAUGGAUGGAAAUGCGCAUGCUGGCAACUCGUUCGGGCUGGUGCUGGCACAGCCGCAGUAUCCCCAGCCUGUGCCGAUUCCAUCAAACUCGCUUGCUCGGCGACAGAUGAAUCGUGCGCUUGUUCCGACUAAUCCGCGGACAAACUUUGACGGAUCUGUUAAUGAAUGGGGAAAUUUUGUUGGCGAUGAAAAUGUCCUGCUUCGGCAGAACCCUUCCGAGAACCUGAACGAGCAGGACAACGUUCAGUGGUUGGAGGAGAUGGCGCAGAAGGCUAAAAGGGAAGCACAAGCAAAACGAAAGCGAAUCCCACCAAGCUUUCUGGAAGAGCGCAAAAAUGAAGACUUAAUUCGAUGGUCGGAAAAAGGAGAUUCGUUCAUAGUACUAGACGAAGACGAAUUUGCCAAAACCUUGAUUCCAGAAUUAUUUAAGCAUAACAACUACGCGUCUUUUGUUCGACAGCUCAAUAUGUAUGGCUUCCACAAAUGUGUGGGUCUGUCCGAUAAUUCCAUGCGGGCAAGUGAGUCCAAGAACAAGAGCCUGAGCGAGUACUCUAACCCCUACUUCCGACGCGGCCAUCCUAACCUUUUGUGGCUUAUAAACAAGCCCAAGAGUGGCAGCAAGACAAAGAAAGACGCUAAAGGUGCCAAGGGCGACAAUGACAGCGAGGAAGAGGCCGGGAACGAGGAAGUACUUGGCCCGGGACUGGCAGCCUCAACUACCCAGCCCACUCAAUCCUUACCUGAUGGAGAGUCCCAACCCAUGCCUAAGAGGAAGAUUACAUUCAUACGAGAGGAGUUGAACAAAGUUCGUGAUCAACAAAAGCUGAUUCUCGGCGCUAUCAAUCGACUGCAGAGAAACAACAACAACCUGUACAACCAGCUCGUCAUGCUCCAGAACCAACACGACCGUCACCAGAGGUCGAUCAGCGCUAUUCUCAACUUUCUCGCCAACUUGUUCCGGAAAACGCUAGAAGAUCAGGGCAACUCGCAGGACGUGAGCGAUAUCAUCUCCAGCAUGAUCACGAACCAGAAUCAGCAGUCUACGCAGCAUGCAAAUGUCGUUGAUCUUGGAGACUUCAUUCAAGAGAUGGGUCCCACUACCUACGGCACACCUCGCAUGAAGGCUCGUGGGCUGCUGCCACCCAUCCCAAACCAGAACAACCGCGUCCAGUCAGCUAGGUCAUCAACUAUGCCUAGCAGCUCGGCGUACCAGCCCGUGGGCCAUCGCAAUCCCGAGAUGGGUAAUGUCACGGAAUUUGUUAAUGAUUCUCCAAUCGACAUGACUUUUCCCAGUCUUCGCCAAGAGCUAGAAAAAUGCCCUCAUGAACGAAUGAAGGUUAUUAACGGCCACAACGCAACCGACACUCACGGACUGGAUCUGCCAGAGACGGCCGACCUUGUCGCUAACGCGCCUAACACUCUAAUUAUUGACCAGGGGAGCAAGCAGGUCAAUUUCAUGGCUGUUCAGUCCUCGUCUGCACCCUCUAUCAGGUCAACUCCCGCCCCAAUCCCUGUCGCGGUAACAUCUGCUCCUCCCCAGAUCCCCAAGUCAAUCCCUCACAUGGCUACGCCAGCCAUGCCCACCUCAGCCUCUGUCUCACCUCCGCCGGUCGAAGCGAACCAGACGGCCUCAUUCUCCCCCAUAAUGCAACCACCCAUGGCGCCGCGUUCUUUGAAUGAGAUCAACGUGAAGCAGGUCGACCUAGAUCAACUCCAACGUCUACAGAACGAACAGGACGCCAAGAUCAGUAACCUAGGUGAUUUACUUCGCCCGCUAAGCCCCGCCGGACAAAUCCCUGGUCUGGGUGAUGGCGAGGCGUACUUCGACCCUCAGCCGGUAGAUCUUGAUCAGUAUUUCGACAGCAAUGCUUUCUUGGGCGAUGGCCAUUUUGGCGCUGAUGGCAACGAUUUCAACUUCGCUCCUGACACGGACUCGAAUAGUCACAACAACAAUUCAUUGCUACACCCGGAACAAACGAUACCCCACGGAGGUACUACCAGUACUCUAAAUCCUGCGAGCACAGAAGAAAUUUCUCGCAAUGACCCGGGGCUAGAUAGUACCCCUGGCCGAGGAACCAAGCGACAACGUGUGGGCUAGUGGCCCCAGCCCUAGACCUUGUUUAAAGGCUGUCCAUGGCUGGGACGAGGAGCCCCGCCGGCGGUGUCUUGAGUCAUUUAACCUAGUAGAUGGUGAGCGCCAGAAGCCGAAGGAUGGCCCCAUCCACUCGACAAGGGGCAAUUUUGGAAUUGGAGGAUGACAGGACCACCAUCCAUACUUGGGCAUUGUAGAGUAGAGGGAGCUCUACCCACUUCUCUACCCUACCCAGGUAGAUGAGUGGUCUCCUCUACCCUACCCGGGUAGAGUGGGUAGAGUGGUGGGUAGAGUAGUGGGUAGAUUGGUGGAUAGACUAUAAGGUAGGUAGGGAAGGCAGAUGCUGUAUAUAUGCUCAAUUCUUGGUAAUAAGCCAUCUUGUAUUAUACAUCCCAACCCUCUUCAUUGAAAUCAAUAUUCAUUUCAUCAUCCAUCUCCACAGCCUCUA